CUCCCAGCAGCGGCAUCCUGAGCGACUUUCGCUGCAACAACCCGAGAGCUGCACACAACAAAGCGUGUUUAGACUGGAAGGAGCUGCUUUGAUGACCGAAGGGGAACCUGCUGGAGCGGAGAGGUCAAGUGAGCGUUUCCCUUAUUCUGGUUGUCCCAGUCAGCUGGAAAACCGGACAUGGAUUAUUGGUUCCCGUGGACUUAGGGAUCAGCUCUCCAGGUGAACAGGUGGACCCUGGUUGUGUUGACUUGAACCCCGCUUCCAUUCCCGAUGGGAAACCAAGUGGACAAACUUACACACGUCAAUUACGCAGAGGUGCCCACGUCGGAGCCGAACGGCUUCGACCCGGACGGCGAGGGCGCGCAGCGCAUCGGCGUCUCCUACAUUUUCUCCAACGACGAUGACGACGAUCAGGACGAGACUCUGGAUCAGUUCUCCUCCAGCAGCCAGCCCGCCAGCCACGAGGAGAAGCCCUUUGACCUGCAGGACGAGCUGGAGUGCGUCGUCUACUACCGGGACGAGUGCGUCUACGAGCGGAGCGCCAGAGCCGCGGCGCAGACGCAGAGCCCGGAGGGUCUCAUGGCCAAGUGCAGACCGGGAGACCUGCUGGAGUUUGUCGCCACCGGACAGUACCCGACAUGGGCCGUCUACGUGGGGGACUUCCAGGUGGUUCAUCUGCACCGAGCUGAGAUCAAGAACAACUUUCUAACCGACGUGAGCCAGGGCAAAAGGGGCAGGAUAGUGAACGAGCUGUACCGGUACCGGGCGCUGCCGCCGGAGGUGACCGUGCGUAACGCCCUGGACCACGUCGGCGCGGUGGACCGGGAGCUGUGCUGGAGGAACUCCGAGUGCUUUGCCGCCUGGUGCCGCUUCGGCAGGCGGGAGUUUAAAAUCGGAGGAGAGAUCCGGAUCGGGAAGCAGCCGUACCGGUUAAAACUCCUCUUCUCCGAGAAGAAGAGCCACGUGCUGGAGUUCCAGAGUCUGGAGGACGUGGUGAUGGAGAAGAGGAGGAACGACCAGAUCGGGAAGGAGGCUGUGAUGCGAGAGCUGGCCAACCAUUUAAACGCCACGUAAAGUCCGACAGGAUCACGGAUGAGACGGUGGAGGAAUUUUUACCACCAGGAGGGUCUCUGGGAGUCAGAGGAUGUGCCAACACACACGAGCGCGCGCGCCGGACCUUUAAAAGGUCAAUAAGAGCAUCAGGAAAAAGUCUUCAGGGUUCAGACUAAAACCUUCAUGGAAGUUCUCCUCCUCCUCAGCCCAACAAUCCUGCAUCAGAGCUGUUAGGGUGGAGAAGAAUCAAAAAUUAAACGAGUUCCUUGUGUUUUUACCAUUGACAUAUAUUCCACGUCAAUUACGCAGAGGUGCCCACGUCGGAGCCGAACGGCUUCGACCCGGACGGCGAGGGCGCGCAGCGCAUCGGCGUCUCCUACAUUUUCUCCAACGAGUUCCUUGUGUUUUUACCAUUGACAUGAUAGGGAAAUUGAACAAAAACAUGUUUGUAUGAAGGCUAAUGGAAUAAAUCUAUAUUUGAA